AUGGCUGCGCAAGCUUCUCUCUUCACCCCAACGCUCUCAAACCCCGUGUCUCAAUGGAAACAAUCCUCCUUCACCACCGUGAAGCAGCUCAAGCUCACCUCCCGUACCUUCACCAUCAAGGCAGCAGCCGAGGAGGUUGCCACCCCCACUAAAGAGGCUCCAGUUGGAUUCACCCCACCGGAACUCGACCCCAACACCCCAUCUCCUAUCUUCGCUGGAAGCACCGGUGGAUUGCUCCGAAAAGCUCAGGUGGAGGAGUUCUACGUCAUCACAUGGGAAUCCCCCAAGGAGCAGAUCUUCGAGAUGCCGACGGGCGGCGCUGCGAUCAUGAGGGAAGGACCUAAUCUAUUGAAAUUGGCGAGGAAGGAGCAGUGUUUGGCUUUGGGGACUAGAUUGAGGUCGAAAUACAAGAUCAAGUAUCAGUUCUACAGGGUGUUCCCUAACGGUGAAGUUCAGUAUUUGCACCCUAAAGAUGGGGUUUACCCGGAAAAGGUGAACGCCGGCCGACAAGGUGUGGGUCAAAACAUGAGGUCAAUCGGGAAGAAUGUUAGCCCAAUUGAAGUCAAGUUCACCGGCAAGCAACCAUAUGAUAUAUGA